AUGGAGUCCAAGAAUCCAAAGCAGUAUGUAAAUAUUGCCAAUAAAGAUUGUCUAGACGUCGGUGGUUCUGCUGCACCCCUAUCCACAUGGGUGUAUUCGGAAGAGAAAGCUCGAAUCAAAAUGGUGAAACUUGUUGCUGGUGCUGAGUUGCUUUUGCCAAUUCAAGUUAGUAAACCCAUCUUUCCUCCAACACAUAGUACUAGUAGAUGGGAAAAGGGAGUGCAGAGAUCAUCAGGUAUUCAAGAAAAUGACGAUGGGAGUACUUCUGAUGGAUCCAAUAUUCAGAAACUUAUUCACAGAGAUCUAGAAAGACAGAGAAGGCAAGAAAUGGCUAAUCUCUAUGCUUUUCUUCGAUCUAUUGUUCCUGUUGAAUAUCUAAAGGGUAAGAAGACCAUAUCAGAUCAUAUGCAAAGGACUAUAAAUUACAUAACAGAUAUGCAAAGGAAUAUCAAACUGAAGAAGUUGUCAAAUUCAGGCAACGUUAGCAACAAGGGUGAAAGUUCCACUAGUUUUUCGCAUAGUUUAGUCACAGUGAACCCGUGCUGGGAUGGUGCAGAAAUUCUAAUCAGUAGCGGCUUAAAAGAGGAAGGGUUCCCCAUCUCAAGAGUUCUUGUGGAAUUUCUUGAGAUAGGGCUUAAUGUUGUUAGCUAUGUUUCUACAAAAGCAAAUGAAAUGUCACUCCAUAUAAUUCAAUGCGAGGCCAGCGAUAUUGGAUGCAAUGAUCUAUCCGAGCUUACAGGAAGACUGGCAAACGUGAUUAACCUUAAACGUGAUAACUCUUAG